AUUUAAAAAUCGAGGAACGGGACAGAAUGCUCGGAUCGAAUUGAACGCGGCUGUAAUUUUGACGCGUUCGGAAAUCGAAUUAAGAGCGUUAGAGUGAGAGGUGCAUGGAGGCUCGACUCUGUAACAGAGGCAGUUUUUUGUUAUUGUUCAGCCGUAGUGAUUUCCCGAGGCGUGCGAAUGGGAGUGGGCGCGCAGUGGGCGAGCCGAGCCAAGCGCGCUCAUCAGUGUUCUGGGUGAGCUUCGAGUGAGCGCGUGGUGCCUGCGCGGUCCGUCCUGACAUUCGAUUUUCAAAAUUUGGCGAUCGAACUUUUUUACUAGUGGCCAGUAUUAGACUGAGUGGUGUGGUGCCGUAUGCGUCUUGCAUCGAGGUUCAGCUGCACGGAGGUGGCGCGACCAUGUUGAUAUCGGCGGGCAGUGGCCCUACUCCCGAGUUCUCCCCCGCCUCGUGCUGCGCCCCCUGGAAGAUGGAGCCGGCGCCCCCGACCAAUGCCUCCAUCGCGCAGCCCCACAAUUUGUCUCCUAAUGUACCCAUCUCGCCGUCCUCAGCAUCGUCCUCCGGCGGCGCGGGCGGCGCGGGGGGCGGGUCCGGCACCCCCCUGUACCCCGGCGCCGCGUCGCACCCCCUCUCGUCCCUGCUGAGCCAGCAGCGGCUGCUGGAGCUGUCCCGCUUCGGGCUGCGGCACUACGACAUCGCGCACCAUGUGCUGUCGCAGCAAGGGGCGGUCUCGAAGCUCUUGGGUGAGUUCGGGACGCUGCGCCCCCCAGGCCUGAUCGGGGGGAGCAAGCCGAAGGUGGCGACCCCCGCCGUGGUCUCCAAGAUCGAGCAGUACAAGAGGGAAAACCCCACCAUCUUCGCCUGGGAGAUACGGGAGCGGCUCAUCUCUGAAGGAGUGUGCACCAACGCGACAGCGCCGAGCGUGUCCUCAAUCAACAGGAUCCUGCGCAACCGGGCGGCGGAGCGCGCGGCGGCGGAGUUCGCGAGGGCGGCGGGCUACGGGCUGUACGCCGCGCCGCCGCCCUACGCCGGCUUCCCUUGGGGCGGGGGCGGCGUGUGGCCCGGCGGCGCCCUGCCGCUGCCCCCCGGCGUGCCGCCCCCCGGCGCAGGGCUGACACAUGCGGACGUUAACCAGGGGUAUCUGACGUCGCCUGGACGCGGGAUUAUCGAUGUUGAUGGCGACGAUUCCGGCUCGCUAGACGGUGAACAACCGAAAUUCAGAAGAAACAGAACCACGUUCAGUCCAGACCAACUGGAAGAGCUUGAAAAGGAAUUUGAGAAGUCGCACUACCCGUGUGUGUCCACGCGGGAGCGACUAGCGUCCAAGACGUCGCUCUCAGAGGCAAGAGUGCAGGUUUGGUUUUCCAACAGACGAGCCAAGUGGAGGCGCCACCAGCGCAUGAACCUCCUGAAGCGAGGUGGCGGCUCGCCCCCCCGCCUGCCCCGCUCCCCCUCCCCGCCCCUCUCCCGCUCGCCUUCUACGUCCCCCGCGCGCGCGCCCUACCACCCCGCCCCGCAGAUGGGUGGCGAAAAUAGCGCAUUUAAGUCCCUCUCGCACCAAGACUCGCACGCACUGAAGGCUUUGUCGCACCAGAACUUUGAUCCGUCCGCUCUGAAGGCUCUGUCGCAGCAGUCGUUCGACCGGGGGGCCUUCAAGCCGCAUCCGGCUCUAGAAAACAGCGCGUUUAAAGCGCUCGUGCCGCACUCGGCCGCCGCCGCGCUGCUGGCCGCGCAGUCCAUCCAGCUGGCCAGAGGGUACGAGUCACAUUCAGACUCGGACGAGGAGAUCAAUGUGCACGAUGAGAGUGAGGACGAGGGAGAGAGACGGAAGCGCGCCCGCUCUCGCUCUAGAUCACGAAGCCCCGCGCGCGCGCCGCCUAGCGACCUCCCCUUGCAACUCACCAAACACGAUCGCUAAUGCCGAUAUUUUUAUCCUAUCUGAUGGUCUCCAAAUCUAAAUUUAUUUAUUUUUAUAGAAAUAUAAAAGCACGACAGGAAAUUCAAAUUAAUUAGGAGGCAAUCUAGUUGGACGAUUACGUUGUACCUCAUCAUUAGAUUAAGAUGUGUUGAAUGCUAUAAUUUAAUGGAUUUGUGAAUACCUAUAUGUGGGAUGUAUUAAUUUCAGGAAAUGAUAAUAAUGUGUGUGUUUAUGGACAUCUCCAUCUUUUGUAACUUUGUACUUGUCAAUUUAACAAACGACAAUGUUUGAAUGAAUUAAAGCUAGUUUUGCGAGUGAAAUGAAGCUAACUGUAUUUUUAUAACGACUUAAAUUUCAGCACAUUAAAUUAUACCUAAUGAAUGUAAAAAAUAUAUGGUGUUUAAAAACCAAAGUACCUAUAAAUGAAAGAAAAUUACAUAUUGUGUAAUAAGUACCUACAUAAUAACUUGUAUUUAUUGUGUAUAGUUUGGGGAAAUAAAAGUUCCUAAAAUGCUAUAGAGCACAAUAUUAACAGUAAAUUAUUAGUAUUAUUACCUUAAAAUGAGCUGCAGAAGCCAAUCCAAUAAACAUUUAUGUACUUAUAGAUGCAAUUAAAUGGUACGUAACAUUUACAAGUA